GUUUCAGUAUUUUUCCAAAUACAGAACAUCUGAUCAUCUGGUUGAGGAAAUGUCUCGCGAUUCUGUGUUUAAUUCCUAGAAGGUUUAUAUCACGUGCGACGUUAUUGCGUAUUUUAAGAUGAGCCUCUAAGAUAGUUGAAGAUCGGCAUGAGAUAUUCAGUAUCAAUCAGUCAGUGAACAGGUGAAGUUAUUAGGAACAAUGACUCCACUACAUAGUGAAUUACUCGAGAAGAAGAGUUUUGGAGUCUUGGACUACAUAAUUCUAACGAUAGCCCUAUCCUCUUCAACCUUAAUUGGGGUUUUCUAUGGUUUCCUUUCGAAGCGAAAGCAGAACAAUGCUGAGGAAUAUCUACUGGGUAGUUCACAGAUGAAAGUCCUGCCCGUGUCUAUGUCCCUUAUUGUGACCUUCGUUUCGGGGAUUACAAUGUUGGGCGUUCCGGCUGAAAUGUACGCUUUCGGGACACAAUUCUUCAUGGCCUUUAUCUGUGUGGGCCUCACGGGCGUUUUCCUGUACAAGGUACUUCUUCCUCUCUUCUGUGAACUUCAGAUGCCUUCUACAUUUACAUACCUUGAAAGGCGCUUCGGAAGUAGUUCAAGAGUGAUGGCCAGUAUCGUAUAUACGGUCUUCGUGAUUAUUACAACACCUAUUCAUAUCUACGUCCCAGCUCUAGCUUUCAAUCAAGUCUCCGGGAUCAGCAUCCAUGUGAUCGCUCCUGUCAUUUGUGGAGUAUGCAUUUUCUAUACACUCUUUGGAGGAAUGAGGGCUAUCUGUUGGGUAGAUACCAUCCAGUUUACCACGAUCAUUGUUGCUACUGUUACAAUAUCGAUCUUAGGAUUGAGGCUCACUGGAGGCUUCUCCGGAGUCUUUGAAGCUGCUUCUAGGGGAGAUCGCUUGCAAUUCUUCACAAUGGAUCCAGAUCCUCUCAUAAGGCAAUCUUUCUGGAGUGUUGUCAUCGGUAUCACCUUCCUCUUUUCGUAUACCAUCGGACUCAAUCAGACAACGAUUCAAAGAUGCUUGGCUGUUCCGGACAUCAGAGCAGCUCGUCGCUGUGCUAUUCUCUCAACCGUCGGAAUCAUUAUUCAGUUCUGCAUUUGUGCUUUCAUUGGACUUAUUGCUUAUGCUCUAUAUGAGAACUGCGAUCCAUCGAGUAUUGGAAUAGUUAAGAAAGUCGACCAGAUCAUUCCCUACUUUGUAAUGGAUGUAGGAUCUGUGAUUCCAGGACUUCCAGGACUUUUCAUUGCAGCAAUCUUUUCUUCUGCAAUGUCCACAAUGGCAGGCUGUCUCAAUUCUUUGGCAGCAACGGUUUACGAAGAUCUAGCCAAAAAAUGCUUCCCCAAUGCGAGUGAGAAGAAAUCUAGCAAUAUCAUGAAGAUCAUCGUCCUAAUUGUAGGAAUUAUUGAAGUGGGUCUUGUAUUUAUUGUUGAGAAAGUCAACGCAAUCCUCUACAUCUAUCACACGGUAUCCGGAAUUACUACUGGACCAUUGCUUGGACUGUUCUUGCUGGGAAUGUUUAUUCCAAAGGCUAAUAAUAAGGGAGCCGUUGCCGGAGCUAUUUGUGCAUUCAGUAUUUUAGGAGCAAUGUUGAUUGGGAGCCAAAUUUUCGGAACACCAGCUGCUCCUCUUCCUUUUAAAACAGAUGGAUGUGAUGCUUCACUUCUGCUCAAUGUAACAGAACCAAUAGUUAAUCACAUGGACUCUACAGCAAAUUCUGUGCCCUGGUUCUUCCGGAUCAGUACUUGGUACAACACACCAAUUGGCAUUCUUCUGGUCUUCCUUGUGGGCAUUCCGGUAAGCAUCUUCACGGGAGGCUGUGAACUUGAAAACCAGCGUCUACUGGUACCAUGGAUGCGUAGCGAAGAGUACCGGCUGGCCAGACGCAACCAGAAGAUGAUGAAGGAAUUGUCAGUGAUCACGGAGAAGUCUGAGCCUCUGCUUACAGAAAAACCUGCGUAAACACUAUCGAAAAGCCACAAAUAUUGACUGGCAAAUGUUUGCGUCUGUUUGCCACUCAAAUUUACCGAAAACAAAUAAGGAACUGUUGUUCCUUGGCGUAGUGAAAUGGAUGUUCUAUGUUUGGUUGUUAUCAGUUAGGGAACUCAUGCCAGACUAUAUUUGGCAAUGCUUCUGGCUUAACUAUUGAAAGUGCAACAUCAUUCAAUGUCAAUUGACAUGCGACAGCAAUUAUUUUUCGCACAUGUUCAGAUGUUAAGAAAUUGUAUUUAUGUCUUUCAAGUGAAUAAAUAAAAAAAAUUAAAAUAAAUUAAGUAUGAUGUAUGAUAAAUUAGUUAUUAUUUGAUAUAAUAAAGUUUGAAUUCUUACAAACA